AUGUUGCCAUACAUGAAGCAUACAGGUUACGUUAAUACACAGCAAGUGCUGGUUAACACAGCACCUCCAUAUGUUGCUCUCCGUGCUAAUGAGCGACUUGCAAGCGUGAUGACUGUAGCGACUUCAGACUGCAGUGGUGGAGCCGGGAUCGAAGCAGACCUUAAGACUUUUACUGCGCACAAAUGCUACGGUUUAACGUGUAUGGCAGCCUUAACGGCUCAAACUCCACAGGGUGUUUAUUCCAUACAUGAAGUGCCCCGGGAGCACUUUGAGUUGGCCCUCAAAAGUAAUCUGCGAGACAUGCAGGUGGAUGCCAUUAAAACUGGGAUGUUGACAAAAAAUGCCGUGGGAGUGCUGCUUGAAGUCAUGAGCGGCCUAAAGGCCGAGGAAAGACCACCGAUUGUGGUGGAUCCAGUGUUGGUGGCCUCCUCAGGAGCCUCGCUAGUACGCGACGAAUCUGUGAUUCAGGAUAUCAAAAGACUCGCACCUCUGGCAACCCUUAUAACUCCCAAUGUCCAUGAGGCAUCCCAACUUCUGGGCUGUACUGAGCAAGAGCUGCAAUUGGACAACGUUGAAAACAUGAUUUCCAAAGCACAAGAGCUACAGAUUGUUACUCAAUGCCCCAACGUGCUUUUGAAAGGUGGGCACGCGCCAUGGACGGAUGUUAGGGGCAAAAGAUACGUAACGGAUGUAUUAUACACCAAGAACGGGAACUGCGUCGUUUAUCUCAGCGACUGCUGCGAUUCCAAAAACACCCAUGGUACUGGCUGUACUCUGGCCUCGGCAAUCGCAAGUAACUUGGCACAUGGCGAAAACCUUGAGCACGCUGUUUACGGAGCGAUCCAGUAUGUGCACAACGCUAUAGAAAUUGGGUGCUCGGUGAGUAAAGCCCACAUCAAAGAGAAUGGGCCCAUCAACCACGUCUAUGGGAUAAAAACGCCGCUGCGGGAGAUGGUCAAAGAUUUGUGCUAUUCUGCUCACGCCUUGGCAAUAGAUUCACAGGACAAUUUGCCGGAAGACGACGCCCCUAAGGGCAACAGCACGCGCAGCAGCAGUACUAGCAGCUUAGUUUCUCAAAUUCGAGACUCAGGCCACUUUUUCGAGUACUUGGUGUCAGAUCCACGGGUUAAGCCUCACUGGGAGUCCUAUACGAAGCACGACUUUGUUAAGCGCGUCGCAGAUGGCACCUUAGAGCGCGAGAAGUUCAAAUUCUUCCUAGAGCAAGAUUACGCCUAUCUAGAUAACUACGCCCAAGUGCACUGCAUUGCUGCCAGCAAGGCUCCCACCACAAGUGACUUUGACAAGUCAGUCCAGAUUGUUACUUCCAUCAAAACUGAAAUGGAAAGACACCGUGAGAAAAUGAUGAAGCAUUUUAGAAUUCCAGACAUGAAGCACUUUGAUGAGAUCAAAAUGGGGUCUGCUUUGAAGAACUAUGCCCGCUUUUUCGAUGACGUGGCCAAGAACGGCUCCUGGAUUCACCUAUGUGCUGCUUUGUCGCCAUGUUUGAUGGGAUAUGGCCAUGCGUUGGACAACUUCAAAGAUGCUAUUACUGUUGACAAAGAUGACAUUUACUAUUCCUGGUGCCAAGACUACCUGGCCCCAUGGUAUAGGGACGCCAUGCAGGAAGGGUUGGUUCUAUUAGAUCGAGUGUGCCAGAUGACCGACGAUUGGGAUUCUCUAUGUGAAAUUUACGCCACGGUGUGUAAGCUCGAGACCGCAUUUUGGGACGCUGCAUUGCAGUAUGAAGCAUCGAGGUAA